CUCGGGCGGAUCCGCCGCCGGGGAGCGGCGGGCGUUGUGGGGCGGGCGGGCAGCGGAUCGGGGCUGCAGCCUUCUCCCUGCUUGGCGCUGCGCUGCGAGCUUUCAGGAGCAGCACGCGGUCCCGUCUCUUCCUAUAGAUAACCGAAUCGGUCAUUUUUAUCGUUUUGCGCGCCUCCUCCAGCGCCCGCCGGUCCCACAGCGAUGGGCUGCGGUGCUGCCCGGGGGCGGGAGGGCAGCGCGGCGCGGGGCCGCACGGAGCUCCGCAGCGGAGCCGCGCGCUGCGCGUAGCGCAUUCCGCGCUCCUUCCUUUUUUUUUUUCUCCCCUUAUUUUUACAUUUUUUAGAGGUAAUCGCUCUGAGGCGGAGAGGAGCUGAGGUGGUUUUUGCCCGUCUGUCCCCGUGUCUGGGUGUUCCGGUGAGGUGGGAGCGGGGGUCUCGUUUCUCCGUAGCCGAGCAGCGGAGCCGCAGCAGCGUGCGCGUCCUCCUCCCGUCUGCCGGGCGAGGAAAAUGGAGGCGGUGAUCGAGAAGGAAUGCAGCGCGCUCGGAGGGCUCUUCCAGACCAUCAUCAGCGACAUGAAGGGAAGUUACCCAGUGUGGGAAGAUUUUAUAAAUAAAGCUGGGAAAUUGCAGUCUCAGCUUCGGACUACAGUAGUAGCAGCUGCUGCCUUUUUGGACGCCUUUCAGAAAGUGGCUGACAUGGCUACUAAUACACGUGGUGGCACCAGAGAAAUUGGCUCUGCUCUAACCAGGAUGUGCAUGAGGCACAGGAGUAUAGAGUCCAAACUCCGACAGUUCUCCAGUGCUUUAAUUGACUGUCUGAUAAACCCACUUCAAGAACAGAUGGAAGAGUGGAAGAAAGUGGCCAAUCAACUGGAUAAAGACCAUGCAAAAGAGUACAAAAAAGCCCGCCAAGAGAUAAAAAAGAAGUCGUCUGAUACACUGAAGCUACAGAAGAAAGCAAAGAAAGCUGAGGCUCUGGGACGGGGUGACAUUCAGCCCCAGCUGGAUAGUGCUCUGCAAGAUGUCAAUGAUAAGUACUUGCUGCUUGAAGAAACUGAGAAGCAAGCUGUCAGAAAAGCUCUGAUCGAGGAGCGUGGUCGAUUCUGUACUUUCAUCUCGAUGCUGCGGCCUGUGAUAGAAGAAGAAAUAUCAAUGCUGGGAGAAAUAACCCAUUUACAGACCAUAUCAGAUGACUUGAAAAGUCUCACCAUGGAUCCACACAAGUUGCCAUCUUCAAGUGAACAGGUAAUUUUAGAUUUGAAAGGUUCUGAUUACAGCUGGUCUUACCAGACUCCUCCAUCCUCUCCCAGUACCACCAUGUCCAGAAAAUCUAGUGUUUGCAGCAGUCUGAACAGCGUUAACAGUAGUGAUUCCCGGUCCAGUGGCUCGCACUCGCACUCACCUAGUUCACACUAUCGCUAUCGCAGCUCCAAUCUGCCUCAGCAGGCACCCAUGAGGCUGUCCAGUGUGUCCUCCCAUGAUUCUGGAUUCAUGUCCCAGGAUGCUUUCCAGUCCAAAUCGCCAUCCCCUAUGCCACCAGAAGCACCUAACCAGAAUUCGUCCAGCUCUGCCUCUUCUGAAGCCUCUGAAACCUGCCAGUCAGUGAGCGAGUGCAGUUCCCCCACCUCAGUCAGCUCAGGCUCCACCAUGGGGGCUUGGGCCUCCACAGAUAAGUUGUCUAAUGGGUUUUAUCACUGUAGUUUAUCAAGUGACCCAUCCGUAGCUUCAGUUGGUGCAGGUCCUUUCCCUCAUUUCCCGCCUGUCUCCCGCGCGUGGACUCGGGCUCCCUCAGCCCUCCUUCCAGACUACGUUCAUUAUUACACCAUUGGGCCAGGCAUGUUACCAUCAUCUAAGAUCCCUAGCUGGAAGGACUGGGCCAAGCCAGGCCCAUAUGAUCAGCCAAUGGUGAACACAUUGCAGCGUCGGAAGGAGAAGCGCGAGCCAGAUCUCAAUGGCGGAGCUCAGAGCGGCCCACCUGUGCCACCCGAGGAGGCCCAGAGACCUCGGAGCAUGACGGUGUCGGCUGCCACAAGGCAGGGUGAGGAAAUGGAGCCCUGCGAGGAGCUGGCACUCGCUCUGACGAGAGGUCUGCAGCUCGACACCCAGAGGAGCAGUCGGGAUUCCCUGCAGUGCUCCAGUGGUUACAGUACCCAGACCACAACUCCGUGCUGUUCAGAGGACACAAUUCCAUCUCAAGUUUCAGAUUAUGAUUAUUUCUCUGUGAGUGGUGACCAGGAGGCAGAACAACAAGAGUUUGACAAAUCUUCCACCAUCCCAAGAAACAGCGACAUUAGUCAGUCCUAUCGCAGAAUGUUUCAGACCAAGCGUCCCGCUUCCACUGCAGGUCUGCCAACCACGCUCGGACCGGUCAUCGUCACCCCCGGCGUCGCCACCAUCAGGCGGACCCCGUCCACCAAGCCUUCCGUCAGACGCGGCACCAUAGGGGCGGGUCCGAUCCCGAUCAAGACGCCGGUGAUCCCCGUCAAAACACCGACUGUCCCCGAUAUCCCGGGGGGGCUGCCGGGCGCCCUCGCUGGGACCGAAGAGUGUCCUGAGCAAAGUCCCGAGUCCCCAGCAGCGGGAGAUGGCGGGCAGAGCGUCACCGGCAUGCCCUCCUCCUCGUGGAGCGGACAAGCAUCGGUCAACCCCCCGCCGUCGAGCCAGAAACUGGGCGCUGCUGACGAGCAGAGGCCGGCGGUUCCCGAGAGCGAGGGGGAGGAAAGCGAGCGGGACGGCGCGAGCGGCCUGGUGCCCGCGGCUCAGCAGGAGCUCGAUCCCGGAGACCUCAGUCCUGGGGACGUCCCGCAAGGAGAAGACAUGCUGAACGCCAUCCGGCGCGGCGUCAAGCUGAAGAAGACGACCACCAACGAUCGCUCGGCACCUCGUAUUUCCUAGGAGCAAAGCAGCUGCCAGAGUACGAGCCGCCGAGAAGGAACUGGGAGGAAACGAAUCUGUCUUAUCCAUUCCUGUAAUCAAAGAGUUUUUUAAGAUACUCGGUAACAGACGGUCUGACAGUACUCUAAAAGAGAAACCAAGGUGAAAGAGCGUAGUAAGACAUCAUCUUCACUGGUGUUUUAAUUUGUAAAUAUCAAUGAUUUGUUUCUGCAUUUUUUUGACCUAAGUUACACUUUUAAUUUUUUCUGAAGGUGCCAAAUCCCAUUUACCUUUUUUAUAACUCUUUGUAAAGUUUUAAAUCAUAGGAGAAAAAAAAAAAAAAAGUUGAGUAGUUAACUUCAGCAAAGGGAUUUAAUGAAAAUUUGGCUUUUUUGCAAGCUUUUGUAGAGCGCCUUGUAAUAGUGAGGUUAAAAAAAGCAAACAGCGGGACUUAGUGUAAAGUUUAAGUGGAGCAGUGAGGAAUAGAUCCUCGUUCGAGUAUUAAAAAAGAAAGUUUGAAGAGCAGGAAUAAGAAUUGACAAUAAAAGCAAUAUAUAAUGCGAGGAAGAGGCCUGCAGUUGGUAGAGUAUUGGGGCGUAGUGGGGGGAGGGAGAUGCCAUCAAAAUAGCAGAUGCUGUUGCACAAAAGUAGCCUAGUAGGAGUAAUUACUGGUAGCUUCAUGGUAAAUGCAUCAGAAUAAGCCAUAUUGGAUUGCAGUGUUUUGUUUCCGUAGGGUGUUUUGAAGACUGUCGUUUUCUUUUCCCCACCUUUCUUUUGGACUGCACAGCACCAACUCUCAGUCACACGCAUGCAGCCGUCACUGUGUAGGCUUAGUUCCUCCACCCUCACCUUCUGUUCCACCCGUCCUCUCACCGAACGCAAACAAGGACGACAGGCUGAAGGCAGUUACAAAGGUGAAAACGUUUUUAAACAGCGAGCAGGGAGUUCUUAGAUAUUAUCAAAAUGCCUUUUUGUGACCGUGCCCAGCAGGCUGGGCACCUCGGGAAGCCCAAAUAUUUUGAGAAAACACGUAACCAUUUGACAGGCGUAACCAGCUUGUGGUCUGCUAAACUGAGAAUGUUUCUUUCCAAUACAGGGGCUUGUUUUUCUUACCUUCUUUUAAAUGGCAGUCGAUUGGCUUUUCUUAAAUACCGACAAAAGGGGGUGAAGGGUGGGGGGUGGGGAGGUACACUGGUUUUUAUUUGGUAAUACCGGGAGUCUGACCGCUGUCUUCUCUUUUUUUGUACUUCGAGUCACGCUUUUUGGAUCGCUGUGGAUAGAAUUAUUAAGAGUUGGAUUUUUUCCUUAAAGCAAAAGUAAGUUCUUGCUGCAAUACCUGUUCCCUAAAGCCAACAGAAACCUGCGGACCGCGGGGCGCUGCAGGUGCAUCCCCCAGCAGAGCCACCCCGACGGGCAGCAGGCUGCUGGGAUUGCUGGCAGAUGCCCCCACUGCCAGCUUCCACCCAACGCUGCGCAGACUUCUCUUGGCUCUAGACUUGCUUCCACAACCUCUUAUGCUUUAAUACAUAACUGCAUUGGAUGUGAACUUCUAGUAACCGUGUAGUCGCUGUGUUCUAUAUAACAUUUUACACUGCUGUGGUUGCUGACCUUUUUUUUUCUUUUUUUUUUUGUUAUGGCUUAAAAGCAAAAAGAAAAAAAAAAGAAACAAGGCAUGAUUCUUAGAGAAUAUUAAACCUUCCUUUCUUUGAAAAACAAGCUCCUUAUUACAGAAUAUAACGAACGGUAGUGCCUGUGGUGUAGCCCACCAGCCCUGAUCCAGUAGCUGAUGCAUUGUGCAAAUGAGGCUUUGAGAUGGUUUUUGCAUAAACAAAAACUGCUAGGAGAUAAUCUCAGUAGUUAAAAGUGUUAUUUAAACCUUUGAAAUAAAUGGAUGUAACUGUACCCGAGUACAGCUUUUCACUUGUUUAGUUCUUAAACGUUAGUAUCAUCGGUAAAAUUUAAUAUAAAAUGUUGCCAAAUUCAAUGUAGAAAGAAUGUGACAAAACACUUGGGAUAGUUCUAUUGUUUGUGUUUUUGCAUAUUGUAAAAGCAGUGUCACAGCUGAAAAAUAAAAUGUUUCUAAUGGUAAAUUAUUGUGGUUUAGUUGCUAGUUUGUACUGAGAGUUGACCUCUCCCUGUGCAGUUUUUUGUUCUAAACUGGUAUAAAUAAUUGCUGUAAGUGUGUCUCCCUUCUACAUUGUAAUGAUUGCUUAAGCCUACGUUAUAAAUAAAGAACUGCUGGAAAACGUC